GGUUACACCGCUGGGAGUCUGCAGGCAGUGACUGCAGUGAAAGCAAAACGAUCACAUUUAAAGACAAGGAUGGCGCUUCGAGACGAGCUUUUGAAAGUGAUCUGGCAUGCAUUCACCGCUCUGGAUGUCGACAAAUGUGGAAAAGUGUCCAAGUCCCAACUCAAGGUUCUCUCUCACAGUCUCUGUACAGUGUUGCAAGUACCUCAUAAUCCAGUGGCUUUGGAAAACCAUUUUAAAGACGAUGAUGAAGGACCAGUUUCUAACCAGGGAUACAUGCCUUAUUUGAACAGGUUUAUCUUGGAUAAGGUUCAACCAAACAGCUUUGAUAAAUCUGACUUCAAUAGGAUGUGCUGGACUCUGUGUGUCAAGAAAAAUCUGAACCGCAACAAUUUACUGAUCAGUGAUGAUGAUACUUUUAAAGUGUGGUGUAUCUUCAAUUUCCUGUCAGAAGAUGUGUAUCCUCUCAUCAUAGUCCCAGAAGAGAUUGAAUAUUUCCUACGAAAACUGACUGAAGCAAUGGGAGUUAAUUGGCAGCAAGAGCAGUUUGAAGACUACAGAACUCAACUUGGUGCCAAGCGCUGUGGCCUUUCUGCAUGGGAGUUCAUUGAACUGAUUGGCUCUGGCCUGUUCUCUAAGGGCAUGAACAGACAAACGUUGUCCAUGGCAAUCAAUGAAGUUUACUGUGAGCUCAUUCUGGAUGUGCUGAAACAGGGUUACCUGUGGAAAAAAGGACACAAAAGGAAGAACUGGAAUGAGCGUUGGUUUUUACUGAAACCUGAUAUAAUUUCGUAUUAUGUUGGUGAAGAUCUUAAAGAGAAGAAAGGAGAUAUUUUAUUGAGCUCCAGAUGCUACGUGGAGUCUCUACCAGACAAAGAUGGAAGGAAAUGCCUCUUGAUGAUCAAAUGCGCUGACAAAAGUUUUGAAAUUAGUGCAUCUGACAAGAAGAAGAAACAAGAAUGGAUCCAAGCUAUUCAAACAGCCAUCAACCUUUUGAGGGACCAGAGACUUCCUCCACACAAGGAAGGACGACAGAAACGGCGAGAACUUCGACAGAAAAUACAAGCUGAGCAAGAGGAGAUAGCACAGCGAAUGAAAGAGCUGCAAAUGGCAAAUGAAGAUAAACAGCAAGAAUUAGAGAAAAUGCGUAAGGAACUGGAGGAUGCUGCAACACAAGCUGCUCUUGAGGAGAAAAGACGCCUACAGACACAAAUGCAGCUGCAAGAUCGAUUCAGACAGGAGCUGGAACGAGAAAAAAAUAUCAGAGAGCAGAUGGAAGAGCAAGUAGCUCAGAAGUCUACUGAACUACAGCAGUACUUUCAACGUGUAAAGGAGUUGGAAGAAAUGUACAAAAGGCUCGAGGAAGCCCUUGAGGAUGAGCGUCAGGCUCGGCAAGAGGAGGAAUCUGUCCGAAAACUUCAGACCAGAUUGCUGGAAGAGGAGUGCAGUAAACGACUGGAUUUGGAGAGGCUACAUUUAAAACAACAACAAACCAUACAAACAACAGAAGCAGAAAAGCAAGAACUGGAAAACCAGAGAGCAAUGAAAGAUCGUGCAUUGGAGGCAGCAAUGAAGCAACUAGAUGAACUUGAGCGGGAAAGGAAACAUGCACUUGAGCAAUAUGGGGAAGCAGCAAAAAAAUUAGAGCUGGCAACUAGCAAGACAAAGAACUGGAAGGCCAAGGUGGCUCAACAUGAAGGAUUACUCCGACUUAUCGAGCCAGGCCCAAAGGGUCGUCAGCUGAUCACUAAUUGGGGACCAGCUGCCUUUACAGAGGCUGAGUUGAGUCUGCGAGAAAAGAGCUGGCAGAAACAGAAAAAUAGUGCAAUGCAGUAAUCUACUACUUCAUAACCGAUCAAGGUUUUACACUGUAUUUUGACAGGCUACGCAUGGAAUAAAAUGCCAUGGACAUGUUCAUUGUGGAGGCAGAACUAUUUUGAAACUGUUACACAAAGGAGUAUUUUAUACUAAAAUCUUAACGUGCUGGAACUUCUAAAGUAUGUUGGCACACAGAGCAAAGGACAGCUUGUUUUGUAGUCGAUGUGAAGUUCGUUCAGACUUCUCGAUAAAUAUUGUCAAGUUAAUUUUAAAUACUUUAAAGCUUGCUUUCAGCAUUCUGUAGUUUUUAUACUUGGCUUAAAGUCUUUUUUUUUGCUUGCUUCAGUUCUUAGCUGCACUGUUUUAUUAAUUUUUGCAUUGAGUUAGAUGUGUGACUGAUUUGAUUUAGUUAUGUAAUUUUAUAGUGUCAUAGGAUAAACUAGUUUUGUUAUUACUUUCAUUCACAGCAUUAGUCUCCUCAUUUCACAACCUUUACUUCCAUCUGAAUUGUAAUAAAACAGUCAGCUGAGGCUGUAGCGUUCACAAAAUGUAAUGUUGAAUGUGUGAAAUACAAAUUUGCCCAAGGCAAUUGACAGCUACCUAUUUGCAGGAGGAAAAGAAAUCCUGUAUUUUUUUAAAUAACUUGCCUUUCAUAAUCACAAUGCCAUUCUUGAUGCAAUUUGCCAAAAGACCUUUGUCUGGCAAUAUUUAAUCUGUUUGAUGUACUGUUUAAGGAGAACCAGUUCAGAUAUGAUGGGCCAAGUGGCCUCUUUCUGUGCUGUAAUAAUGUGUUUUUGAUUUGGAAGCUCUUUAAGAAUGGUGGUCACGUGCUGCAUCUGGGAUUCCUGACUCCUUUUCUGGACUCUGUGAUUUUCACCAAACCCUUGGGUUAUGGGCUUACCUCCUGCUAUCCUAGUCAACUCCAGCUUGAGGCAUGUUUGACUCCUUCAUAAUCAUUGUGGAGUUGGGACCUCUGGUAUUGUGAAGCACAGUCUGUAUCAGAAAACCUUUUUAAAACAUAAGUUCAGGGCAGCACUGUGUUGAGUGGUUAGCACUGCUACCUCGCAGCGCCAGGGACCUGGGUUUGAUUCCAGCCUCGGGCAACUGUGUGGAGUUUGCACAUUCUCCGUGUCUGCGUGGGUUAUCUCCAGGUGCUCAGGUUUCCUCCCACAGUCCAAAGAUGUGUGUGUCAGGUGAAUUGGCCAUGCUAAAUGCCCAAUGUUAUAGGUGCAUUAGUAGGGAGUAGGUGAAUGGGUCUGAGUGGGUUACACUUCAGACGAUCGGUAUGGACUUGUUGGGCCGAAGGGCCUGUUUCCACAUUGUAGGGAAUCUAAUCUAAUUUUAAAAAAUUUGUACUUCACACAUUUAAUAUGCAUACGUGACCAAAAUGCUCAGCUGUGACAUCAUUAUGCUGUUUGGUUCAACAAACCUCAUAGUGUAAACAGGAUGCUGUUUGUAAAAAAAACUUUAAAAAAUAAUUUAUUCCUAACUUUCCAAUAUUUAUCCAGCCCAUUAAAUGUCUCAGUAGCAGAAACUACAGCACUUGUUCUAAAAAAAACAUUGUGCACUUGACAGCAGAAAGCCAGAGCUGUCAAUCAAACAAUAUUUUCCCAAAGCUCAUUUGUUUCAACUGUUUAAUGGAUUUCAUGGAUUGCAGCUAAAUUGCAUUCUUGAACUGGUGGAUUCACUAAUUCUAUACAAUGCAUUAUAAGCAAAUGGAUCUAGAAGUACCAUCGGGAUUAUGAGGGUUGGGUGGAAGGAUAUAGUAUGGCGUGGAAGCAGCAGGGGGAGUGUAAGUAGUCUAGGGGCUUCUAUCUUUGUCAUUAGAACAAUAUGCAUGAGCCCAUGGUAUUAAGGUUGAUCUUUUAAACAAGCCAUUUCAGUGCUUUUAACAGCCUUUAACCACAUUCCCAGGUGGGCUGGCUCAACUGCAGGUUCUCCCCCAAUGAAAAUUUGCAAGCACUAUUUCCCAAGGCAUGCAUGCUAUGCUAGGAAUUUAUCUGAUUCCUGUUGCAUGUCUCAAAGUUAAAAAUCCAGGCCAUUGCCUUCAGUAAAAAUAUUGAAUUUUAUGCAGAAGUUUAGAGUAUAGCUUCAUUAUUUUUGUGUUAAUCUAAUACAUAAAUAUUUAAAUUUACUUGAUUAAUUUUAGUGAUGGUAUGUAAAGAAUUUUCUGAUUAUUCCAAAAAAUUGUUUGAAUGAAGCUAAUAAAUAUUUUAAAUUUGAGUUUGUUUUUAUGGGACACAUGUUUUUGUACAUGUCUAAACAAAGAUCAGGAACUAAAAGCAAGACAGAUCUGGUUAUUUGCUUGAUUACACCAUGCGUUUUUCAUUCUUUUAAUGCCACUAUCCCAUUGUUGAAGAGAGACUUGACAAAAUUCAGUGUUCUGUUCAGUUAAAAAUUAAACAUAUAUUUUACUGAUAUCCACAAGAGGUUUUGGGCAGCAGUAGCAUUGAUUUACAUGUUAUUUAAUUCUGCCAGCUAUUAUUUUCUUUAUAUGCAGUCUCUGAUCAAUGUUGUUAGAUGUAGGUAAUUAGAUUUGUAAAUGCAGAAAUUAUCCAACCAGUGAUUGACCAUUGGCUUUUUCAGCACUGCAGUGUUAUUUCCAGAACCAAACCUUUGCUCGCAUGAAAUAAGUGAAAUAUGGAAUAACAUUCAAGUUAGAUACAGUACAACAGAAUUGUUCAGUUGUGGAAAUAUUCACCUUGGAAGAAAUGACUGCAGGAUGGGGCAGCAAGUGUCUGUGAAAGAUUCAUUAACAUUAACAAUGGACUAUAACAAAGUUCCAUCCUAGCAUUGUUUUGUUUAAUGAAUCAAUUGGAAAUUCCUCUGUCAAAAAUUUUGUCAAGCAUUGAUAGUUGGCCAGAUUGCUGAGUUGAAUUACAAGUGCCAUAUUCUUGACUAGAUGUCAUGGCAUUGAAGACAUGGAGUGAAAUAUGUAUUUAUCCAGUUGGUAGCUCAACCAUACAGUAGAGGAAGAUCACAGGUUCAAUCCAUUGUCUGUACUGAGCUAGCUGACCCCUGUGAAGCUGGUCUUCAGUGUCCCUGCUUAAAGACUGAAAGUUUUGAGAGUUCGCACUCCUGAUGACUAUUUCAUUGGAUGAGGAAUAGUCAUCUUUAGUUAUUCCUCCACUCUCCAUCAUUAGCACAUGGGAAUGAUGGCCAAAUGGACAAAAUAUCAGGGCAAGGCCAUCCCUCAGAGGAGAGAACAGUUUGGCAGAUUUUUUUCAAGAAACUGAAUCUAGUUUCUUUUAUAAUCUUUCAAAACACAUUCAGGACUUUUUGUACAACCUCAGUAGAUUCCAGGGGACAUGAGAAAGAUCAAAGCUUUUGGGUAUCAAUUAUUGUGCAUUUGAAUAAUUAACAAAAAUAACUUGUACUAUCUAUGUGAAAUCAAUUUGAGAAAUAUGUUGAGCUUGCUAAGAAAAUUCAAUGCUAAGAUAAUUUUAUUUAAAGAAAUAUAGAAAAAAUUGGAGUUUAUAACUUCUGCAACUGUUUUUGUCUAGAAGUGACAAAUAUUUGAGAGAUGAUUGUAAUUUGAUUUUUAGAUUUUUUAAAAAAGUCACUUUUGAGAAAAACUGUUUAUUUUCAAUUUGUCUUUUAACUAUGGUUUGUGUAAACUUGUGGAACAGCUCCUGGUUAGGUUUCUUCCAUAACACUUUGGCUUCAACCACUAGUUGAAACUGGAAUCAACUGUUCACCUUAUCAUCCUGAACCUAACUGUGAUCUUUUAAAUGUCUGGAUGGCUGGUGUUUAUACAUGAUUAAUGUGUUGACAUUCAUCUAAAGUGCCAAGAUUAAUGUAAGAAUUGCUUUCUGCAGUUGCCUUACCUUUUAGUAUUAACAUACUCAGGUUUAUAUUGCUGUCGUAGAUUUUUUAACUACAGGCAAGUUAAUAUUUUGCAACCAAUUGUAAUUCAGCAUAGAAACAAUGUU